AUGCGCCCCUCCCCUUGCGAUAGGGAUGUGGGCUGGCGCAAACCCCCACCCACCCCUGUUCCCUAUCUGAGUCCAACCUGCGAGUCAACCUUCCAUCUCCCUCCCGUCCCUCUCAUACACUGCCUCGCCCUCCACUCACUCACCUACACCUGCUUACCUGCCCAUUACCCUCCACCUGACCCGAACUUUCUGCUGGGUUGCAAUUCCUGCAACCCUCAGCUGCCUAUGCCUGCUCUCUUCUCUGGCCCCUCAUCCUCGGAGCCACAGCACUUCGACGAUGAGGACGAGGAUGAGGACGAGGAGGACGAGGAUGAGGACGAGGAGGACGAGGAUGAGGACGAGGAGGACGAGGAUGAGGACGAGGAGGACGAGGAUGAGGACGAGGAGGACGAGGAUGAGGACGAGGAGGACGAGGAUGAGGACGAGGAGGACGAGGAUGAGGACGAGGAGGAUGGCACGACAAUGACAACGACAAUGACAAUGACAAUGACAUGA